AUGAGAGCUCUUGAAGUUGUGAAUGUUCCUUUCGAAUCUAGUGCAAUGGACAACUCUGGAUUAAGCGAUACAGCUUUGGUGUUUUUCGUUAGAGAUGCCCUUGAAUCUGCCAUAAAUGGAAACUCUGACCAUUAUACUCAGAUUGUUGGAUCUAUGUACCUUAAAGAAUAUUCCGAUACCGAUGCAGUGGCACAGCUUGCGGUACUCUUGAAAUGUCUAUCAUGUUCUGUUGCUUGUAUAGAUGUAUUUCACCAUCGAGAUCUUCUUUCUUCUGCUGCUACGAGUGGAAAGUAUCUGGACCCUUGUUUGAAUAUGCUUAUAAGUAAUUUCAUUCCACCACCUUUUUUGACGCCUCUUGUGCUAUCCCGUAUGGGCGACAAGAAGCGGCAAGUUUUUUCCCGGGUGCAUGCAGCCCUGCAGAAAAUUUCUUAUUUGGUUCCUCUUGCUCCAUCGAGAUUACUGCCCAUACUCGUCCAUAAAAUGCCUAAAAUACAUGCAAAAGAACAUUUGAUGGUGACAUAUGUUGAUAACUUGUUGAAGUUGGAGAAUAGCUCAAUCGGAAAAGUUGUUGGCAGCGUUAUUAUUACGGUGGUGAUGGAGAGGUUGCGAGAUUUGGAUUUGGAAAUUGGAUCGGAUGAUAUUCUCCAAGAUGACUCUAGUAAAGGCAUGUUUGAUAUGGAACUUGAAGAUGCAGUUGACGGCACUAUGAAUGAGUGGGACGAGGUAGGAUGGAAAAAUGAAGUCUCUGAGUUGUUGGACAACAUGAUGGUCAAAUCGUUUUACCAUCUUGAAUCAUGUAGAAACGCUGGUCGUUUGGAUGAAGUGUUUGAAAUUCUCUUUGUGUCCUUUGAGAACUUGAUUCUGAACACGUUUAAAUCAAAAUUUUCACAGUUCCUGAUGUUCUAUGCGUGCUCACUAGAUCCUGAAAAUUGUGGUGUUAAAUUUGCUACGGCUUAUCUUGCUAGCUACUUGUCUCCCGGAAAGUUUCUGCCUGUUUCUUUUGUGGCUAGCAUAUUGAAAAGAUUGGUAGACGAGUGUGCGGUUUAUUGCAGAACAUGCGAUGAUGAUGUUAGGCCUGAAGCACAUCAAGUUUUCUAUUCUGGAUGUCAGGUAUGCCUUCCAUCUGUUGUUGCCGAGUUCCUUAAACAAGCCAAAGCUGGUGGUCUAUUCAUCGUCUCAAAAGCCUUCAUUUUCGAUGACCUACUCGAGUCUGAGCUUUCGUGUGCCUUUGGCGGGUUUGAGAGGCUUGAUACAUUCUUCCCGUUUGACCCGUGCCUGUUGAAAAUCUCUAACAGCCAUAUCUCCCCGAACUUCAACUACUGGUCAAAUGUGAGACCAACUUAUGACGAAGAUGAUGACGAUGAGCUCUGUCCUGAGGUCAUAGUGAAUGGAGAUGCGGACAGUGAGGAAGACUCCGAUGAUGAAGAGGAUCUCGAUUACGAGAUGUCGAUAACGCCUAAACACUCGUUCAUGCUAGAAACAGAGAGACUCUUGAAGAUGCCUUGUAGAAUUAGACCAUCCACCAGUCCUGAAUCCUUCUAA